UUGACCAACAAAACCCUCACUCAAUGACAUGUCUUCACUUCAACUUGGUGACUCAAGAAGACAAGGUGUCUGAAGCCUUCUCAGUGUCAGUUUGAACCAUUUAUUGAAGAAUUGCUGUGAAUAUAUUAUUGCUGCAUAGUUGGAGGAAUAAGACACAGGGAUGAUGGACCCACUCAUAUUCCUACUUCUAUUAGCAGGACUAGUGGGAACACUGCCAGCUCAAGGAAACAAUACAAUAGUGGACACAACCCCAUCAGGCAACGUAACCUCACCGCCAUUUGACACGACCUCAGCGCCAGUGAACACAACCUCGCUACCAGUGAACACGACCUCAGUGCCAGUGGACACAACCUCAGUGCCAGUGAACACAACCUCGCUACCAGUGGACACGACCUCACUGCCACUUGACACGUCACUGCCACUCAACACAACCUCACUGCCACUCAACACAACCUCACUGCCACUUGACACGACCUCACUGCCACUCAACACGACCUCACUGCCACUUGACACGUCACUGCCACUCAACACAACCUCACUGCCACUCAACACAACCUCACUGCCAAUGAACACAACCUCACUGCAACUCAAUACAACCUCAGAGCCAGGGAACACAACCUCGUUGAACACGACCUCAGUACCAAUGGACACGAUCUCAAUGAAAGAGAACACAACUUCAGCGCCAGUGAACACAACCUCGCUACCAGUGGACACAACCUCAAUGCCACUCAACACGACUUCAGCACCACUCAACACAACCUCAGCGCCAGUGAACAGCACCUUGGUACAAACCUCACUACCAGUGAACACAACCUCAGUGCCACUCAACACAACCUUAGCACCACUUGACACGACCCCAGCGCCAGUAAACACAACCUCGCUACCAGUCACCCCAACAUCGCCACCAGUGAACACGACCUCACUGCCACUCAACACAACCUUAGCACCACUUGACACGACCCCAGCUCCAGUAAACACAACCUCGCUACCAGUCACCCCAACAUCGCCACCAGUGAACACGACCUCACUGCCACUCAACACAACCUUAGCACCACUUGACACGACCCCAGCUCCAGUAAACACAACCUCGCUACCAGUCACCCCAACAUCGCCACCAGUGAACACGACCUCCCUGCCACUCAACACACCCUCACUGUCAAUGAACACAACCUCACUGCAACUCAAUACAACAUCAGAGCCAGGGAACACAACCUUGUUGAACACAACCUCAGUGCCACUCAACACGACCUCAGUACCAAUGGACACAAUCUCAAUGAAAGAGAACACAACUUCAGCGCCAGUGAACACAACCUCGCUACCAGUGGACACAACCUCAAUGCCACUCAACACGACUUCAGCACCACUCAACACAACCUCAGCGCCAGUGAACAGCACCUUGGUACAAACCUCACUACCAGUGAACACAACCUCAGUGCCACUCAACACAACCUUAGCACCACUUGACACGACCCCAGCGCCAGUAAACACAACCUCGCUACCAGUCACCCCAACAUCGCCACCAGUGAACACGACCUCACUGCCACUCAACACAACCUUAGCACCACUUGACACGACCCCAGCUCCAGUAAACACAACCUCGCUACCAGUCACCCCAACAUCGCCACCAGUGAACACGACCUCACUGCCACUUAACAUAACCUUGCUACCAGUCACUCCAUCGUCACCACCAGCUGCCACUAAUGCUACAGCUGUCCCCACUGCUGCUCCGAACAUUACCACUCCAAUUCCUGCUGGCCCGACUGCUACCAUGACUACAGUUACCAGUGCAACAGCCCCUUCCCCUACUGCACUAGCUACUUCAACCACCACUGCAUCAACAAAUCCACCUUCAUCCAGUGAGGGAACACUGGGUCUUCAAUUUCGUCUUGACCAAACAUUUACAUCAGAUCUCUCCAACCCAUCCUCUACAGCGUUCCAGACAUUAGCUCUAUCAGUGGUCAGCGAGCUAAACAAUGUGGGUAAAAGGCUGUAUGGAUUAUCUUUCCUACGCGCCAUCAUCAACGCAUUCAGGAGUGGAUCAGUGGUUGUUGACUCGACCAUGGUGUUCACAGAUCCAAACUCAGUUCCUCCAGCAAGCAAUGCAACUGCACAACUCAGUACUGCACUUACAAGCAACUCUACCCUGAACAUUAUACCAGGAAGCUUUAACAUAACUGCUUUUUCCACCGCUGCAACUAACGCUACAGCUGCCCCAACAGCUGCUCCAACUGCAGCUCCUAAUGCAACAGCUGGACCUAUUGCAGCUCCUAAUGCAACAGCUGUCCCAACAGCAGCUCCCAACAUUACAGUGGCUCCAACUGCAGCUCCUAAUGCAACAGCUGCCCAGACAGCGGCUCCCAACAUUACAGUGGCUCCAACUGCAGCUCCUAACGCAACAGCUGGCCCGACAGCGGCUCCCAACAUUACAGUGGCUCCAACUGCAGCUCCUAACGCAACAGCUGGCCCGACAGCGGCUCCCAACAUUACAGUGGCUCCAACUGCAGCUCCUAACGCAACAGCUGGCCCGACAGCGGCUCCCAACAUUACAGUGGCUCCAACUGCAGCUCCUAACGCAACAGCUGGCCCGACAGCGGCUCCCAACAUUACAGUGGCUCCAACUGAAGCACCUAAUGCAACAGCUGGCCCGACAGCGGCUCCCAACAUUACAGUGGCUCCAACUGCAGCUCCUAAUGCAACAGCUGGCCCGACAGCGGCUCCCAACAUUACAGUGGCUCCAACUGCAGCUCCUAAUGCAACAGCUGGCCCGACAGCGGCUCCCAACAUUACAGUGGCUCCAACUGCAGCUCCUAAUGCAACAGCCGGCCCGACAGCGGCUCCCAACAUUACAGUGGCUCCAACUGCAGCGCCUAAUGCAACAGCUGGCCCGACCGCUGCCACGACUACAGUUACCAGUGCAACAGCCCCUUCCCCUACUGCACUAGCUACUUCAACCACCACUGCAUCAACAAAUCCACCUUCAUCCAGUGAGGGAACACUGGGUCUUCAAUUUCGUCUUGACCAAACAUUUACAUCAGAUCUCUCCAACCCAUCCUCUACAGCGUUCCAGACAUUAGCUCUAUCAGUGGUCAGCGAGCUAAACAAUGUGGGUAAAAGGCUGUAUGGAUUAUCUUUCCUACGCGCCAUCAUCAACGCAUUCAGGAGUGGAUCAGUGGUUGUUGACUCGACCAUGGUGUUCACAGAUCCAAACUCAGUUCCUCCAGCAAGCAAUGCAACUGCACAACUCAGUACUGCACUUACAAGCAACUCUACCCUGAACAUUAUACCAGGAAGCUUUAACAUAACUGCUUUUUCCACCGCUGCAACUAACGCUACAGCUGCCCCAACAGCUGCUCCAACUGCAGCUCCUAAUGCAACAGCUGGACCUAUUGCAGCUACUAAUGCAACAGCUGUCCCAACAGCAGCUCCCAACAUUACAGUGGCUCCAACUGCAGCACCUAAUGCAACAGCUGGCCCGACAGCGGCUCCCAACAUUACAGUGGCUCCAACUGCAGCUCCUAACGCAACAGCUGGCCCGACAGCGGCUCCCAACAUUACAGUGGCUCCAACUGCAGCUCCUAACGCAACAGCUGGCCCGACAGCGGCUCCCAACAUUACAGUGGCUCCAACUGCAGCUCCUAACGCAACAGCCGGCCCGACAGCGGCUCCCAACAUUACAGUGGCUCCAACUGCAGCGCCUAAUGCAACAGCCGGCCCGACAGCAGCUCCCAACAUUACAGUGGCUCCAACUGCAGAGCCUAAUGCAACAGCCGGCCCGACAGCGGCUCCCAACAUUACAGUGGCUCCAACUGCAGCGCCUAAUGCAACAGCUGGCCCGACCGCUGCCACGACUACAGUUACCAGUGCAACAGCCCCUUCCCCUACUGCACCAGCUACUUCAACCACCACUGCAUCAACAAAUCCACCUUCAUCCAGUGAGGGAACACUGGGUCUUCAGUUUCGUCUUGACCAAACAUUUACAUCAGAUCUCUCCAACCCAUCCUCUGCAGCGUUCCAGAAAUUAGCUCUAACAGUGGUCAGCGAGCUAAACAAUGUGGGUAAAAGGCUGUAUGGAUUAUCUUUCCUACGCGCCAUCAUCAACGCAUUCAGGAGUGGAUCAGUGGUUGUUGACUCGACCAUGGUGUUCACAGAUCCAAACUCAGUUCCUCCAGCAAGCAAUGCAACUGCACAACUCAGUACUGCACUUACAAGCAACUCUACCCUGAACAUUAUACCAGGAAGCUUUAACAUAACUGCUUUUUCCAGCGCCGCAACUAACGCUACAGCUGCCCCAACAGCUGCUCCAACUGCAGCUCCUAAUGCAACAGCUGGACCUAUUGCAGCUCCUAAUGCAACAGCUGUCCCAACAGCAGCUCCCAACAUUACAGUGGCUCCAACUGAAGCACCUAAUGCAACAGCUGGCCCGACAGCAGCUCCCAACAUUACAGUGGCUCCAACUGCAGCUCCUAAUGCAACAGCUGGCCCGACAGCGGCUCCCAACAUUACAGUGGCUCCAACUGCAGCGCCUAAUGCAACAGCUGGCCCGACCGCUGCCACGACUACAGUUACCAGUGCAACAGCCCCUUCCCCUACUGCACUAGCUACUUCAACCACCACUGCAUCAACAAAUCCACCUUCAUCCAGUGAGGGAACACUGGGUCUUCAAUUUCGUCUUGACCAAACAUUUACAUCAGAUCUCUCCAACCCAUCCUCUACAGCGUUCCAGACAUUAGCUCUAUCAGUGGUCAGCGAGCUAAACAAUGUGGGUAAAAGGCUGUAUGGAUUAUCUUUCCUACGCGCCAUCAUCAACGCAUUCAGGAGUGGAUCAGUGGUUGUUGACUCGACCAUGGUGUUCACAGAUCCAAACUCAGUUCCUCCAGCAAGCAAUGCAACUGCACAACUCAGUACUGCACUUACAAGCAACUCUACCCUGAACAUUAUACCAGGAAGCUUUAACAUAACUGCUUUUUCCACCGCUGCAACUAACGCUACAGCUGCCCCAACAGCUGCUCCAACUGCAGCUCCUAAUGCAACAGCUGGACCUAUUGCAGCUACUAAUGCAACAGCUGUCCCAACAGCAGCUCCCAACAUUACAGUGGCUCCAACUGCAGCUCCUAACGCAACAGCUGGCCCGACAGCGGCUCCCAACAUUACAGUGGCUCCAACUGCAGCUCCUAACGCAACAGCUGGCCCGACAGCGGCUCCCAACAUUACAGUGGCUCCAACUGCAGCUCCUAAUGCAACAGCUGGCCCGACAGCGGCUCCCAACAUUACAGUGGCUCCAACUGCAGCUCCUAACGCAACAGCUGGCCCGACAGCGGCUCCCAACAUUACAGUGGCUCCAACUGAAGCACCUAAUGCAACAGCUGGCCCGACAGCGGCUCCCAACAUUACAGUGGCUCCAACUGCAGCUCCUAAUGCAACAGCUGGCCCGACAGCGGCUCCCAACAUUACAGUGGCUCCAACUGCAGCUCCUAAUGCAACAGCCGGCCCGACAGCGGCUCCCAACAUUACAGUGGCUCCAACUGCAGCGCCUAAUGCAACAGCCGGCCCGACAGCGGCUCCCAACAUUACAGUGGCUCCAACUGCAGCGCCUAAUGCAACAGCCGGCCCGACAGCGGCUCCCAACAUUACAGUGGCUCCAACUGCAGCGCCUAAUGCAACAGCCGGCCCGACAGCGGCUCCCAACAUUACAGUGGCUCCAACUGCAGCGCCUAAUGCAACAGCUGGCCCGACCGCUGCCACGACUACAGUUACCAGUGCAACAGCCCCUUCCCCUACUGCACUAGCUACUUCAACCACCACUGCAUCAACAAAUCCACCUUCAUCCAGUGAGGGAACACUGGGUCUUCAAUUUCGUCUUGACCAAACAUUUACAUCAGAUCUCUCCAACCCAUCCUCUACAGCGUUCCAGACAUUAGCUCUAUCAGUGGUCAGCGAGCUAAACAAUGUGGGUAAAAGGCUGUAUGGAUUAUCUUUCCUACGCGCCAUCAUCAACGCAUUCAGGAGUGGAUCAGUGGUUGUUGACUCGACCAUGGUGUUCACAGAUCCAAACUCAGUUCCUCCAGCAAGCAAUGCAACUGCACAACUCAGUACUGCACUUACAAGCAACUCUACCCUGAACAUUAUACCAGGAAGCUUUAACAUAACUGCUUUUUCCAGCGCCGCAACUAACGCUACAGCUGCCCCAACAGCUGCUCCAACUGCAGCUCCUAAUGCAACAGCUGGACCUAUUGCAGCUACUAAUGCAACAGCUGUCCCAACAGCAGCUCCCAACAUUACAGUGGCUCCAACUGCAGCUCCUAAUGCAACAGCUGGCCCGACAGCGGCUCCCAACAUUACAGUGGCUCCAACUGCAGCUCCUAACGCAACAGCCGGCCCGACAGCGGCUCCCAACAUUACAGUGGCUCCAACUGCAGCUCCUAACGCAACAGCUGGCCCGACAGCGGCUCCCAACAUUACAGUGGCUCCAACUGCAGCUCCUAACGCAACAGCCGGCCCGACAGCGGCUCCCAACAUUACAGUGGCUCCAACUGCAGCGCCUAAUGCAACAGCCGGCCCGACAGCGGCUCCCAACAUUACAGUGGCUCCAACUGCAGCGCCUAAUGCAACAGCUGGCCCGACCGCUGCCACGACUACAGUUACCAGUGCAACAGCCCCUUCCCCUACUGCACUAGCUACUUCAACCACCACUGCAUCAACAAAUCCACCUUCAUCCAGUGAGGGAACACUGGGUCUUCAAUUUCGUCUUGACCAAACAUUUACAUCAGAUCUCUCCAACCCAUCCUCUGCAGCGUUCCAGAAAUUAGCUCUAACAGUGGUCAGCGAGCUAAACAAUGUGGGUAAAAGGCUGUAUGGAUUAUCUUUCCUACGCGCCAUCAUCAACGCAUUCAGGAGUGGAUCAGUGGUUGUUGACUCGACCAUGGUGUUCACAGAUCCAAACUCAGUUCCUCCAGCAAGCAAUGCAACUGCACAACUCAGUACUGCACUUACAAGCAACUCUACCCUGAACAUUAUACCAGGAAGCUUUAACAUAACUGCUUUUUCCAGCGCCGCAACUAACGCUACAGCUGCCCCAACAGCUGCUCCAACUGCAGCUCCUAAUGCAACAGCUGGACCUAUUGCAGCUCCUAAUGCAACAGCUGUCCCAACAGCAGCUCCCAACAUUACAGUGGCUCCAACUGAAGCACCUAAUGCAACAGCUGGCCCGACAGCGGCUCCCAACAUUACAGUGGCUCCAACUGCAGCUCCUAACGCAACAGCCGGCCCGACAGCGGCUCCCAACAUUACAGUGGCUCCAACUGCAGCUCCUAACGCAACAGCCAGCCCGACAGCGGCUCCCAACAUUACAGUGGCUCCAACUGCAGCUCCUAACGCAACAGCUGGCCCGACAGCGGCUCCCAACAUUACAGUGGCUCCAACUGAAGCACCUAACGCAACAGCAGGCCCGACAGCGGCUCCCAACAUUACAGUGGCUCCAACUGCAGCUCCUAAUGCAACAGCCGGCCCGACAGCGGCUCCCAACAUUACAGUGGCUCCAACUGCAGCGCCUAAUGCAACAGCCGGCCCGACAGCAGCUCCCAACAUUACAGUGGCUCCAACUGCAGCGCCUAAUGCAACAGCCGGCCCGACAGCGGCUCCCAACAUUACAGUGGCUCCAACUGCAGCGCCUAAUGCAACAGCUGGCCCGACCGCUGCCACGACUACAGUUACCAGUGCAACAGCCCCUUCCCCUACUGCACUAGCUACUUCAACCACCACUGCAUCAACAAAUCCACCUUCAUCCAGUGAGGGAACACUGGGUCUUCAAUUUCGUCUUGACCAAACAUUUACAUCAGAUCUCUCCAACCCAUCCUCUACAGCGUUCCAGACAUUAGCUCUAUCAGUGGUCAGCGAGCUAAACAAUGUGGGUAAAAGGCUGUAUGGAUUAUCUUUCCUACGCGCCAUCAUCAACGCAUUCAGGAGUGGAUCAGUGGUUGUUGACUCGACCAUGGUGUUCACAGAUCCAAACUCAGUUCCUCCAGCAAGCAAUGCAACUGCACAACUCAGUACUGCACUUACAAGCAACUCUACCCUGAACAUUAUACCAGGAAGCUUUAACAUAACUGCUUUUUCCAGCGCCGCAACUAACGCUACAGCUGCCCCAACAGCUGCUCCAACUGCAGCUCCUAAUGCAACAGCUGGACCUAUUGCAGCUCCUAAUGCAACAGCUGUCCCAACAGCAGCUCCCAACAUUACAGUGGCUCCAACUGAAGCACCUAAUGCAACAGCUGGCCCGACAGCGGCUCCCAACAUUACAGUGGCUCCAACUGCAGCUCCUAACGCAACAGCCGGCCCGACAGCGGCUCCCAACAUUACAGUGGCUCCAACUGCAGCUCCUAAUGCAACAGCCAGCCCGACAGCGGCUCCCAACAUUACAGUGGCUCCAACUGCAGCUCCUAACGCAACAGCUGGCCCGACAGCGGCUCCCAACAUUACAGUGGCUCCAACUGAAGCACCUAACGCAACAGCUGGCCCGACAGCGGCUCCCAACAUUACAGUGGCUCCAACUGCAGCUCCUAAUGCAACAGCUGCCCCGACAGCGGCUCCCAACAUUACAGUGGCUCCAACUGCAGCUCCUAAUGCAACAGCUGUCCCGACAGCGGCUCCCAACAUUACAGUGGCUCCAACUGCAGCUCCUAAUGCAACAGCUGGCCCGACAGCGGCUCCCAACAUUACAGUGGCUCCAACUGCAGCUCCUAAUGCAACAGCUGCCCCGACAGCGGCUCCCAACAUUACAGUGGCUCAAACUACAGCUCCUAAUGCAACAGCUGUCGCGACAGCGGCUCCCAACAUUACAGUGGCUCCAACUGCAGCUCCUAAUGCUACAGCUGGCCCAACAGCGGCUCCCAACAUUACAGUGGCUCCAACUGCAGCUCCUAAUGCUACAGCUGGCCCGACAGCGGCUCCCAACAUUACAGUGGCUCCAACUGCAGCUUCUAAUGCAACAGCUGGCCCGACAGCAGCUCCCAACAUUACAGUGGCUCAAACUACAGCUCCUAAUGCAACAGCUGCCCAGACAGCGGCUCCCAACAUUACAGUGGCUCCAACUGCAGCUCCGAAUGCUACAGCUGCCCAGACAGCGGCUCCCAACAUUACAGUGGCUCCAACUGCAGCGCCUAAUGCAACAGCUGGCCCGACAGCGGCUCCCAACAUUACAGUGGCUCCAACUGCAGCUCCUAAUGCAACAGCUGCCCAGACAGCGGCUCCCAACAUUACAGUGGCUCCAACUGCAGCUCCUAAUGCAACAGCUGGCCCGACAACGGCUCCCAACAUUACAGUGGCUCCAACUGCAGCUCCUAAUGCAACAGCUGGCCCGACAGCGGCUCCCAACAUUACAGUGGCUCAAACUGCAGCUCCUAAUGCAACAGCUGGCCCGACAGCGGCUCCCAACAUUACAGUGGCUCCAACUGCAUCUCCUAAUGCAACAGCUGUCACCACAGCGGCUCCCAACAUUACAGUUACCAGUGCAACAACCGCUUCUACUGCUGCACCAGCUUCAACCUCCACUGCAUCAACAAAUCCACCUUCACCCAGUGAGGGAACCCUGGGUCUUCAGUUUCGUCUUGACCAAACCUUUACAUCAGAUCUCUCCAAUCCAUCCUCUGCAGCGUUCCAGACAUUAGCUAUAUCAGUGGUCAGCGAGUUAAACAGACUGUUUGCAAAGCUGUACGGAUCAUCUUUCCGACGUGCCAUCAUCAGGGCAUUCAGGAGUGGAUCAGUGGUUGUCGACUCUACCCUUGUCUUCACAGAUCCAAACUCAGUUCCUUCAGCAAGCAAUGCGACUUCAGAACUCAAUACUGCAAUUACGAGCAGCUCUAACUCCUUGAACAUUAUACCAGGAAGCAUUAAUAUAACUGCUUCUUCCACAGCAGCUCCUAACACUACAGCUGCCCCGACAGCUUCUCCAACUGCAGCUCCUAAUGCUACAGCUGCCCCUAUUGCAGCUACUAACGCAACAGCCGUCACCACAGCGGCUCCAACUGCACUUCCUAAUACGACAGCUUCACCUACUGCACGCACAACUACAGAUACCAGUGCAACAACCGCAUCUACUUCUGCACCAGCUUCAACCACCACUGCAUCAACAAAUCCACCUUCACCCAGUGAGGGAACCCUGGGUCUUCAGUUUCGUCUUGACCAAACCUUUACAUCAGAUCUCUCCAAUCCAUCCUCUGCAGCGUUCCAGACAUUAGCUAUAUCAGUGGUCAGCGAGUUAAACAGACUGUUUGCAAAGCUGUACGGAUCAUCUUUCCGACGUGCCAUCAUCAGGGCAUUCAGGAGUGGAUCAGUGGUUGUCGACUCUACCCUUGUCUUCACAGAUCCAAACUCAGUUCCUUCAGCAAGCAAUGCGACUUCAGAACUCAAUACUGCAAUUACGAGCAGCUCUAACUCCUUGAACAUUAUACCAGGAAGCAUUAAUAUAACUGCUUCUUCCACAGCAGCUCCUAACACUACAGCUGCCCCGACAGCUUCUCCAACUGCAGCUCCUAAUGCUACAGCUGCCCCUAUUGCAGCUACUAACGCAACAGCCGUCACCACAGCGGCUCCAACUGCACUUCCUAAUACGACAGCUUCACCUACUGCACGCACAACUACAGAUACCAGUGCAACAACCGCAUCUACUUCUGCACCAGCUUCAACCACCACUGCAUCAACAAAUCCACCUUCACCCAGUGAGGGAACCCUGGGUCUUCAGUUUCGUCUUGACCAAACCUUUACAUCAGAUCUCUCCAAUCCAUCCUCUGCAGCGUUCCAGACAUUAGCUAUAUCAGUGGUCAGCGAGUUAAACAGACUGUUUGCAAAGCUGUACGGAUCAUCUUUCCGACGUGCCAUCAUCAGGGCAUUCAGGAGUGGAUCAGUGGUUGUCGACUCUACCCUUGUCUUCACAGAUCCAAACUCAGUUCCUUCAGCAAGCAAUGCGACUUCAGAACUCAAUACUGCAAUUACGAGCAGCUCUAACUCCUUGAACAUUAUACCAGGAAGCAUUAAUAUAACAGCUCCUAAUGCUACAGUUGCUUCAACUACCACUGCAUCAACAAAUCCUCCUACAUCUAGUGAGGGAACCCUUGGUCUUACUUUUAGUCUGGACCAAACAUUUACAUCAGAUCUCUCCAACCCAUCAUCAGCAGCGUUUCAGACUUUAGCUGCACUAGUGGUCAGAGAGGUAAAUGGAGUGUGUGGAAAGCUGUUUGGACCAUUUUUCCGUCGCUCCAUAGUCAACUCAUUCAGGAGUGGAUCAGUGGUUGUCAACACGACCCUUGUGUUCACGGAUAAAAACUCAGUUCCUUCAGCAAGCACUGCAACUUCACAACUCAGUAGUGCACUUACUAGCACGUCUACAUCCCUGAACAUUAUACCGGGCAGCGUGUCUGCACAGUCAACAUCAACAUCAAACAGUUCUCCUCGUCCCACAGCGGGCUCAUUGGCAGUGUUUUCCCUAACACUGCUGGCUGUGGCACAGAUACUGACAGACCUAUAACCGGCAUGCAGUUUUUAUCCAACAAACCAAAGCCAAAAGAUAUAAGUGUGCAUUAUGAAAAUUACCAAUACUAUGUGAUGUGGUAAAAAGAUGUGCCAAAAUUUUGAGUUUUUCAUUAUUCUCAGAAUUGAUUUUGAAAUCACUAGUAUUUAACUUCCAUUUAAUUUAAAUAAUCAUCAAUCAAUAAUCAAUCAUUAAGAUUAUUUUAUUAUCAUAUUUUAUCAUCUUAUUUAAGAUAAAAAAAAUACUAUAUUUUAUAUGUUUUGGGCAUUUGUGUGGCAGUUGACAUUCAGUAUAUUUGUUUUUUUGCUUCUUUAUAUGCUAUUUUUCAUGUGGCAUUGUUAACAUUUAAAAAAUGCAAAUACAUGCUGUAUGUAAUGUACUAUAUAUUUAUUUCCAAUAAAAAGCAUUUUACAAUUCAACAGGA